AUGGCUAAGGGUCCCCAAGUCGGCGACAGCUUCCCCGAGGACGUUGUCUUCUCGUACAUUCCCUGGUCCGAGGAGUCCGGCGAGAUCACCUCCUGCGGUAUCCCGAUUAACUACCACGCCUCCAAGGAGUGGGCUGACAAGAAGGUCAUCGUCUUCGCCCUGCCUGGCGCCUUCACCCCUGUCUGCUCUGCCAACCAUGUCCCCGAGUACAUCGAGAAACUGCCCGAGCUGCGCGCCAAGGGUGUCGACGUGGUCGCCGUGCUGGCCUACAAUGAUGCCUACGUGAUGAGCGCCUGGGGCAAGGCGAACAAGGUUACCGGUGAUGACAUUCUGUUCCUCUCCGACCCGAACGCCAAGUUCUCCAAGAGCAUCGGCUGGGCCGACGAGGAGGGUCGUACCUACCGCUACGCCAUGAUCAUCGACCACGGCAAGGUCACCUACGCCGCCAAGGAGAAGUCGAAGAAUGUCCUCGAGGUCUCGAGCGCGGAGAAUGUCUACAAGCACCUGUAG